CCGACGUACCUCGGUUAACUCUUCAGUAAGGACGAAUGGCGAUAGCUAUAAUCAUCCAUGGUUAGAUAAGACUCGCAUAUAUAUUUCAGAUCGAGAAGUGAUGUCCUCGGAUAAUUUUCUGUUGGUUGCUGCCAUAGACUUCGGGACGACCUACUCGGGAUAUGCGUUUUCCACCAGACAUGAUUUUUUAAGAGAUCCGACGAAAAUAUCUUUAGUACAAUGGUCCGGGUCUGCGGGUAUGGUUUCUCCUAAGGCUUCCACCUGUGUCCUUUUCAAACCUGACCGUUCAUUCCAUUCGUUUGGAUACGAAGCCGAGGACAAAUACCUCAACCUCGCUUUAGACAAGGAUCAUGAAGACUGGUACCUUUUUCGGCGUUUCAAAAUGAAUCUUUACAAUACCAAACUGGAAAGAAACGUCCAAUUGACUGAUUUCAGCCGGGAAAAGAAAAUGCCUUUGAUAGAUGUCAUAUCGGCCACUAUAGCUCAUCUAAAGUCACAUCUGAUGGCAAAAUGUAAAGAACAGGGCGCUGAAGUCAACGAUUCAGAGGUCAGAUGGGUCCUAACUGUCCCGGCGAUCUGGACCGAUCCAGCAAAACAGCUGAUGCGGGAAGCGGCAGAAAUGGCUGGGAUAAGAAAAAAACAACUAGUACUGUCCUUGGAGUCGGAAGCAGCCUCCGUUUACUGCAAACACAUACCCUUGAUGAAACAGGCGAUUGGAGAUAAUGGAGAUUUGGAUGUCCUUCAAGCUGGAACAAAGUACAUGAUUAUCGAUGCCGGAGGUGGUACCGUAGAUAUCACCGUCCAUGAGAUACAGAAGGACGGACACUUGAGGGAGAUAUUAGUAGCUAGUGGCGGGGACUGGGGAGGGACAAAGGUAGAUGAAGCUUUUGAAUCCUUGCUGCAAGCCAUUAUAGGAAAGCAAGCCUUCCAGGAGUUUAAGUCAAAUCAUAUUUUAGACUUACUGGAUCUCACAAGGAUCUUCGAAGUGACAAAAAAAACAAUCAAGGAUAAUAAUUCAGACAAGGUUACAUUUAGUAUUCCAGUCAGUUUUCUCUCGACUUACAACAGCUUGUAUCCGGAGCAAGACAUCGAAAACACUAUCGCCGGAAACAAACACCUGUCCUCUCACGUUGAGCUACUUCGUGACAAACUACGAUUGUCCGGAACAAAAGCGGUGUCAUUGUUUGACCAAUCCAUUGCGAACAUAACCGAACAUGUCCGUAAACUUCUCCUUGACCCAAAGGUCAGAGGAAUUUCAGGUAUCUUGAUGGUCGGCGGGUAUUCGGAGUGCCCAUUGCUCCGCGACGCCAUUUGGCGUGUUGUUGGUGACACGCGUCUCUUCAUCCCUAACGAUGCCGGUUUGGCUGUGCUGAAAGGGGCCGUGAUCACGGGACAUUGUCCCUCUACCGUAUCGGAGCGAGUAUGUAAGUACACAUACGGCGUGGACACUUGGUCACGGUUCAAAGAGGGUAGACACAGAGAAGACUAUCGUGUGACGGCUGCGGACGGUACAACACGCUGCAAGUUUGCCUUUUCUAGUUUUGUGAGGAAAGGAACUGCAGUUAAAAUGGGCCAUCAGACAAAAGCAAAAAAGUAUACACCAGCUUCCACAGCACAAGAUGGAAUGAACUUUACCAUUUAUGCUUCAACCGAGGAAGAACCAGUGCAUGUAACCGAUACAAGUUGCCAGAAAAUCGGAAAGUUCACAAUAGAUCUGCCGGACACGACUCGGGGACUUGCAAGAACAGUAAGCGUCACUAUGUGUAUGGGGGGAUCCGAGAUAGACAUCAAGGCCGUGGAUGAGGACACUGGACAAGUCGUUCGUGCUUCCUGUGAUUUUCUUUGUUAGACGAGAUCAGUGUUUCAGAUACGUUCACAUUGCUUCAAACUUAUUGUAAGCCUUGACGAAGCACAAGUAGGGAUGCGUUUGUGCUGAUUUGAUCGUCUUCAAAAACGACAAAGACUAGAAAACGUCUGUAUGACAUGAAGGUUGAUUUAUAAAUAGCAACAGUGAUAUUGACCUUGACCUUGGGGCGCUGAAAUACGGACCUUCGUAAACACUUUAAUGAAAAUCUGUCGUCAAGAAAGGGAGUCGACAGAAAAUCAAUGUUUAACUCAUGGAUUACAUAAUCAUUAGUACUAAUUACAAUGAUAGCCCCUCUUAUAUCACAUAGAACAAUAGUUAUCAGUUUUAGUCUCGACAAAGCACAAUCAGCAUAUCUGGUACUAUAUAGUUGGUAAAUUUGCGGGAUUAAUAAUUGGCCCUGAUGAAACCUAGUUCGCAGACCACGUAAAAUGAUCACUAACGACGGGUAUUUUUGUAUUUGGGGAAUGGAAUUUAUUUUUCAAGAGUUUCGUGAAAAUAGAGUAAAAUGUAAUAUUGAAUUGUUG